GAACCAGACGACUGAGUGGAGCCUGUUGCAUCACUUUACCGCGGAGCCGCAGCGAUGGACUAUGGUUCGGUGCGCCUCUUGUUCCCUGGAUAUUUACGCAUCGCGCUGCUGUGGGUCGUGCAACUAGAAGCGUUCGCGCAACAUGCACCAGAGUGUUACCCAGGAGGCCAUCGGACUUUGCGUAACCCCUACCGGAGCGUCAGCUUCGACUCCACAGAGAUCCAGAACACAGCCAUCCAGGAUCUGAUCUGUGACCACUCGCUGUCGCCAGGCUGGUACAGAUUCAGGAUCAACAACAAACCGGCAGAGAUGCCAACCACCUGCGUUGAGAUGAACCGCUGUGGUACACAGGCUCCGGUGUGGCUGUCACUGAAGGACACCUCCUUGCCGCAGCCUGGUGAGGUCCGCCAACUUUUCGCCUGCGCCACCUGGCAGUUCUUCCACGGCAGUGCCAAAGACUGCUGCCUCUUCCGCAUCCCCAUCACGGUGCGGAACUGCGGCGAGUUCCUGCUCUACUACCUGCAGCCGACGCAGGGGUGCAUGGGAUACUGCGCGAAAGUUGCUCCUGAUUUGGGACCAAGACUGUGCCCACCAGGUGAGGUGGAGGUCAACGGCCGAUGCAGCGCUGCCGUCCCAUCUCUGCCCUCCCGGCCGGUGAUCACUCCAGAGCUGAUUGGCCACAGCGUCCACCUGAGGUGCUCCUUCAUCCCGCCGCCGUGGAGCCAGCCGCUGGGCUUCCAGGUGGUUUGGGCCAGACACAUCGGCCACAGCAUGAAGGCUGAGAUCAGGCAGGAAUCCACAAUGAAACCUUUCUCUCUGGUGGAGAUGGAUGGCGUUCACUUCAGGCUCGGAGAAACGUUCUCCUGCAGUGUGUCGACUGUCAGAUCCAACUACAGCAACACCAGAUCUGCUCCAAAAGAAAGUGAGAGUUUCUAUGCUGGACUGAAGUUUUCUCCAGACUCGCUCCACAUAGCAGAGAACAGAAAGGAGCACGAGGUGACUGUCCACAGCACAGUGCCCAUCCCCUGCCACAACACUGACCACAGCCACCAGUGUGGAGUCCCUUUGGCUCUGAGCGUCCAUGAUCCAGACAGCCUCGGACACGAGGCCUCAAAUGUGGCGCUGUCCGCCUGCCAGGUGGAGCUCCAGCCCAGCGCCUGCAGCGAUGGCAACUGCGGUCGAGCAACGUUUUUUGUCACCGCUGUCACUGAUUUCACACGAGAUGGUAACCGCCUGAGCCUGAUCGGCGCUCUGCCUGGACCCACUGCACCACGGCUCUGGAGGAGCUACGUCCCAACAUCCCUUAAAGUCACGGUCCAGGACGUUCCUACUUCCAUCUGCUACUCUCUGACUGACCCACAUGUGAUUACACUGGAUGGCAGGCGCUAUGAAAACCACCAGACGGGUACCUUUGUCCUGUACCGGAGCCUUGCCAGGGAGUUCGAGGUCCAUUCUCGCCAGUGGGACUGUGGCAGCCGACACUACGCUGUCGCAUGCAACUGUGGCGUCGCAGUGCGAGAGGGGAACGAGGUUGCCAUCUUUGACAUGUGCAAUGGCCAGCCGCAGGAGACCAGGCCACAGCUUAGCCUGAAGAACCUCGGUGACGUGGAGGGCAGUCGGGUCAGGGUGCUGGAGUCCCACCAGGGGAAGAAGGUCACCUUGAUCUUUCCCUCCGGGGCCUUUGUUAGGGCCGAUGUUGGUGACUGGGGGAUGAGCCUGUCCGUCCGAGCGCCCAGCGUUGACUACAGCAACACAAAAGGCCUCUGCGGCACCUUCGACCGCAAUGGCAACAAUGAUUUCCACAGCCCUGAUGGUGGCUCCUAUGGCCCAGAUGACCUGUAUGGCUUCAUAGAGGGCUGGAGGAUAGCUCCAGGCGACAGUUUAUUUGACAAGACACCUCCCGGGACGACACAGGAGAUCAGGAGGCCGUUCUGUCAAUGCCAGAAAGGAUACAGCACUUCUCAUCACGCUGGCAGAGGGAUGAGGAACCUGUACAAUCCUUCCGCUCACUCCGACUGCAUUGCGUACGAUAAUGUGGAUUACACAUCUGUGUUCCCCUCUAUGGACACAACAGUGGAAUACAUCAAGAGUCCAGCAGGAGAGGAAAGCAUCCUGGAUACCUCUGCCUUUAACAGUCAUCCUCUGGAGAGGAGGCACAUUCGGUUUCACCGUGAGAGCAAUCAAAACAACGAAGGUGAUCUUGAACUGGACAGUGAGUUCAGGCAGGAUCAUCUGCUCUCUGUUGACAGGCAGAGGAGACAGGCGUCCUUUGAAUUCCAGCCUGUCUUUGCGGCUCAAAGCCUCAGUCAGGCUGACCUGGAGAAUUUUGCUUACUUUUUCCCUGAGGAUCACCUGGCAGAGGCCCGACCAGAGGUGCAGCCCCAGUGGCCCACGCCAAGUGGCCUGACUUCAGCCAAAGCUCUGGAGGUGUGCCAUAUGGCUUUAGCCAACUCCACUGUUGGUGCAGUGUGCCGGGAACUGCUGGGACGCCGCCUGGACGAGGCAGUGGAUCUCUGCAUCCUGGACCUGCAGCUCAAAGACGACCUGGGCUGGGAGGAGGCACUGCUGCCAUAUCUGGAGAACGAGUGUGAGAGAAGGUUGCUGGAAAACCGGACCCAGAGAGCUAUGGAGGUGGCGGGUCCUUCAGGAGCAUCCGGGGAAGUGGUGACGGCUCUGCGGUGCCCCAACUUCUGCAACGGAAACGGAGAGUGUACUGAAUGGGGCUGCCAGUGCUUUCCCAGCCACAGCUUCUAUGACUGCAGCCUGGCCAUCAGCCAGCCAAUAGAGUUAACAGACUUGGAGAACGGUGGACUGUGCGACAUCCGAGUCUUUGAUUGUCGCAGCGUUCGAGUCUUUGGCCUCGGCUUCAUUGACUCUCCUGAUCUCAGCUGUCACGCCACCAGACUGAAGCACAUGAACGGGGUUUGGGUUCCAGGGGAAAAACAGAGAACAAAAGCCACGUUCCUCAGCUCCAAAGCUUUAGACUGUGCCAUCCCUUCUUUGAGCAACACCGCCAUCAAUACAGAAGAUUUCAUGAUGGAUGACAAACCGUACGCACGCUGGGAGAUUAAGGUGACCAAUGACGGCUCCCAGUACAGCCAGGCCAAGGUGCUGACAAUCUACGACGGCGUUUGCCAGGUCUGCGAGGCAUCGCGCUCAGGACUCUGUAAGUUAAAGGAGCGGACAUGUAACAUCGAUGGGAUGUGUUUUGCAGAGGGAAACUCCAAUCCCAGCAGCCCUUGCCUCAUCUGUGACCCGGACACCUCCAAAUUCACCUGGUCUGUGAACCAAGUCAACGAGCCACCGGCCUUCCACCGACCACAAAGCAGCCUGCGAACAUUUGCUGGCGAGAACUUUGUCUUCCAGUUUGCUGCGUCAGACCCCGAGGGCUCGGCGCUUCUCUUCCAACUGGAGGAGGGUCCAAGGGGGGCUGUGCUUUCCCCAGCUGGUCUCCUUAUCUGGAGGGUCCCUGUGCUUCCAGAGGACAAUGGACAUCAGUCGAGCCGCUCGUUUCGCUUCACACUGUCUGACGAGUGCAAUGCGCAGAGCACCUUCAAUGUGAAGAUCGAUGUGGUGCCGUGUGGCUGUCAGAAUGGAGGCACAUGCAUGACUGAUGUCAACUUCCCUGCCGGCAGUGGGAAAUACCUGUGUGUGUGUCCCGAGGGUAAGCAGGGUGAGCUCUGCGACGAGGACGUAGACGAAUGCCUGUCGGCCCCAUGCACAGUCGGCCAGUGCAUCAACACAGUCACCGGGUUCAGAUGCGAGUGUCCUGCAGGGCUGAGAGGUAAAACGUGCCUGGAAGAUAUCAACGAGUGUGAGAGAAAGCCCUGUUUCCCAGGAGUCCAGUGCUUCAACAGCUUUGGCUCCUAUGGCUGCGGCCCCUGCCCCAAAGGCAUGCUGGGAAAUGGGACUACAUGUACAGCAGUCGUCAGGCCAGCCACCAUCACUCCCACAUCUGCUCCUCAUACAACUGUCUACAAAAUACCAGAUGUUCUGCUGCAGCCCCCCAGAAUAAAGACAGACACUUUACAGAAGACGUCAAGUGAUCGUUCCCCACAGACAAGGGCUGAGGCGGGGAAGACAAUUCCAAGAAUUUACCCGGGCCGAUCACAAGCUAAGACUACCACUUGGAGAAAGACUCCAGGAAUUAGCCUGAACCCAACCCUCACUAAGGCUGAAACCAACAAGAGCAUCACAGCAACUACAUCAAGUGUCUCCCACACACAAACAGAUGCUUUGAGAAAAACCCAGGGAAUUAACCUCAACCCAUCCAGGAUCCUCACAGACACCAAUAAGGACAUCUCAGGAAUUACACCUGACCAAGUCAAGCCUGAUCAGCCCAAAAUCAGCAACACUACUGUCAAGACACCCCCUGUAGCCCAGCCACCAGGGAAAGGCAGAUCAGCUGCAGGUUCAGCUCUGUUUACGGCUGUCAACAUGUCGGCUACGUGUGCCAGCAGGCCAUGUUUCCCCGGGGUUCAAUGCAUCAACCGCAGGCCGCCACACGUCGGCUACGUCUGCGGCCGCUGUCCUCCCGGCCUUUACGGCAAUGGACGCGUCUGUAUGAAGGACGCCAAGGCGGCAUCCAAUCACCUCCCUCAGCAGCAGACAUUUGGCAAGACCAGCCGAUCCCCACACGGUGGCGGCAGCAAAGUCUCCCAGCUCCACCUGCCCAACCUGCCCAGCAGACACGGUAUCAAACACCUGUCCUUGUCCGUCACCAGACCGAACCAAGACAAUGCACUACGCCAGUUUCCCGUAUCAGGGAGGGGAGGUGGUACUGGGAGGAGAGAGGCGGUCACUGCCUCCAGAGAUGGUACAAAACCACCAGUGAGCACCCUCCAUGUCACUGCAAACACUCACAUCACCCGCCAAAGUGCCAACCCCGGAUCAGACGCCACGACACACGCGCAAACUAGCAUCACUGCCUCCAGAGAGUUUGUAGUUCCCCAUGUGUCUGUCUCCAAGCAUUCUGAAGCAGCACUGACUGGAGCUACACCUCUGAAGGUGACUCCGUCUGCUCCUCACCUUUCCACACAGUCCAAACAGACAACCCAGCCUCAGCUCAACCACCUGGCAUCCACCCAGGCCAAACCCUGGACCCCUCCGAGACCUGUCCUCCCACUUACAGCGGCCCUCACCGCUCUGUCCUACUCUCUGCCCGAGUCUGAGUUCUCGGCAGAUGGAGAUGAGGCUGAGCCUGAAUCCGAAGGCUCAGAGAUGCCGCAGAUGGUCCCAGCAUUGACCUUCACAACACCAAGUAAGACAAUCUACAGCUCCCCGGUACAGAGAGCAACCUCCAUCCAGCCGGGGGUUAGAAGUGGUACGACGGCCGACAGACACGUGAUGACCUGCGCCGACCGGCCGUGCUUUCCCGGUGUCCAGUGUGAACCAGCCAUGGACGGGGGCUUCAGCUGUGGGAGGUGUCCUAUAGGAUACACUGGUGAUGGACGCGCUUGUCGAGCUGUUUGCAGGCACACGUGUGGCAGGAACAUGGCAUGUGCUGCGCCAAACACGUGCCGCUGCAAACCAGGCUACACUGGAUUUGACUGUCAGACAGCCAUCUGUGAUCCAGAGUGUAUGAACGGGGGUGUUUGCAUUGUCCCCGGUGUGUGUCAGUGUCCGAGAGGUUUUCAUGGAGAAACCUGCCAGGAGGCGCUGUGCAGGUUACCGUGUGAGAACGGAGGCACCUGUGUGGGACUGCAGACCUGUUCCUGUCCUUACGGGUUCGUUGGACCUCGAUGUGAGACCAUGGUGUGUAGCCACCACUGUCACAACGGAGGCCAGUGUGUGUCUCCAGAUGAGUGCAUGUGUCCUCCAGGCUGGACUGGGCCAUCCUGUGAAACCGCUCUCUGCUCUCCCGUCUGCCUGAACGGAGGUUCGUGUGUCCGGCCAAAUAUCUGCGAGUGUCCUCGUGGUUUCUACGGAGCACAGUGUCAGAACGCUGUCUGCAGUCCUCCCUGUAAAAACGGUGGCAUCUGUAUGAGGAACAACGUCUGCUCCUGUCUGCAGGGAUACAUCGGGAGACGCUGCGAGAAAAGUGUGUGUGAGCCUAUGUGUAUGAACGGCGGCAGGUGUGUUGGUCCAGAUGUUUGCGACUGUCCGUCAGGUUGGCGAGGGAAGAGGUGUGAUAAACCCAGCUGUCUGCAGAAGUGUUUGAAUGGAGGGGAGUGUGUGGGUCCCAACACCUGCCACUGCGCCCCGGGGUGGCAAGGCAUGCUGUGCCAGAUCCCUCACUGUGAACAGAAGUGUCUGUACGGCAGUCGAUGCGUCCGACCAAAUGUCUGCGCCUGCAGGAGCGGAUACUCAGGUUCCCAGUGCUCCAGGAGGCUCCCUAUUGCCCAAGGUUGAGACCCCGCUUACAGCUGGAGUUUGAUCAGCACAGAUAAACCCUGUAGGUCACCCAGAGCCGUCUGCACAGAGCGUCAUCAAAGAAAACCCCACACUACACUGCAAAGUUCAAAGUUCUGAGUUCACCCAGAUUCUGUAUAAACUGAGCAGAGGUCAGUUUCAUCUCUGUGUCCAGUACAGGACCUGGUUCAGCACUUAAACAGGGAGCAGGAGGGAAACUUAUGUUUUUACAACUUGAUAGCACCAAAAAAUGAAAAUCUAAAAACAAGACACUGUGCUUAGUGCAGUUAUUUCUUGACAAACUACCAUCUGUUUGUUUGCCUUGUGUCUCCCUGCUUCCAGUCUUUGUGCUAAGCUAUACCUGCAAGACACUGACUUGUAUUUGGACUUGACAGACAGGGAUGGAGGCUUCAUGUUAACGAAGGGCUACAUACGCGUUCUGCAGGCAGGAAAUCAUAAUCCGAAUCUCACUAUUUAGCGUUCCAACUUUAUAAAAGGUUCAUCUGCAGAAGACAGAUUUCUUAUUUUUGACCAAAACCUUUAUAUAUGAAAUAUAAACUUAUGAUUUAUUUCUUGUCAUACUGGAUUGAUCAGAGGUUAUUUCCUUCAUGGGUAAGACUGAUCAUUCUGAAGCUGCAGUGUAGCUCAAUCUCUCCACUCUUUAAUGUUUUCACUGUAAACGCCAUCAUGUUCAGGUUCUACAUUACAAACACAAACUUCUGUAUGAGUAUUUAUUUAUUUGAUUGUUUUAUACUGUCACAUAUUUCUUGUUGUAUAUAUCAAUCACUGUAUAAUCAAUGUUAUUUCUUAUUAAAGCAUUCUUUACUGGUUAUUUUGUAAGAAAACAAAUAAAGAUCCCACUAAGGUAUC